GGAUAGGUACCUAUUACCCCAUUUCUCUGGUGAAGCCUAUUCAGCAGUGGUGACUUCUUCCAAUCGACCACUCCACAAAUUAUUAUCUCUGGACUCCCAGCUGACACCCUGCCGGAGGCCAGAGCUACUGAGACAACUGGAAUUGUGCCUGCUCUCGUCAAGGUUUUUUCUUUCACGGGGGAAAAAAAAAAAAAGAUGAAGUUGGGCAAAGUGGAGUUCUGCCAUUUUCUGCAGAUACUAGCUCUUUUCCUGUGUCUUUCUGGGAUGAAUCAAGCAGAGCUCUCAAGGUCCAGAUCAAAGCCCUACUUUCAAUCAGGGAGAACGAGAACCAAGCGCAGCUGGGUGUGGAAUCAGUUCUUUGUGCUGGAAGAAUACAUGGGUACAGACCCACUCUAUGUAGGAAAGCUUCACUCUGAUGUUGAUAAAGGAGAUGGUUCCAUCAAAUACAUCUUGUCAGGCGAAGGGGCAAGUUCCAUUUUCAUUAUUGAUGAGAACACGGGGGAUAUUCAUGCUACAAAGAGACUGGACCGAGAAGAGCAGGCCUACUACACGCUCCGAGCACAAGCACUAGAUAGGCUGACUAAUAAACCCGUGGAACCAGAAUCUGAGUUCGUCAUUAAGAUUCAGGACAUCAAUGACAAUGAGCCAAAAUUUCUCGAUGGUCCUUAUACUGCUGGAGUUCCCGAGAUGUCUCCUGUGGGCACCUCUGUGGUUCAAGUGACAGCCACUGAUGCAGAUGAUCCUACUUACGGCAACAGUGCUCGAGUGGUUUACAGCAUAUUGCAAGGACAACCUUACUUUUCUGUGGAGCCAAAAACAGGUGUUAUCAAGACUGCCCUUCCAAAUAUGGAUAGAGAAGCCAAGGACCAAUACCUACUAGUUAUUCAAGCGAAGGACAUGGUUGGGCAGAAUGGUGGAUUAUCAGGGACUACAUCUGUAACUGUCACCCUGACUGAUGUUAACGACAACCCACCUCGCUUUCCACGACGAUCUUAUCAAUAUAAUGUCCCAGAGUCUUUGCCAGUGGCUUCUGUGGUGGCCAGAAUAAAAGCUGCAGAUGCAGAUGUGGGACCUAAUGCUGAAAUGGAGUAUAAGAUUGUGGACGGUGAUGGUUUGGGAGUAUUCAAAAUUUCUGUUGACAAAGACACCCAAGAGGGAAUCAUAACAAUUCAGAAGGUAAGUCUGAUUUUUGUCACUGAUUUUGUUUGGACCUGUGCAAGAUGA